AUGGACGAAGAUUUCACUUUUAGCAAUGAGCUGGACUGUAACAGCCACAUGAUCGAGCACCACAGGGAUUCAUUUCUGCCCCAAGAAUUGCUUUUGUUGGCAGCAGGCGGUUCCGACGGUUCCGACGAUGCGCCUUAUAUGCCAGGGACAGGCGACUCCAUCAAUGGCUCCGAGCCGGACGACUCUGAGUUCGACUUGAGAGUAUUUGAAAAUAUCUUGAAAGAUAUCGACAACCUAGCCGAUCAGUCGCUCGACCAACAUACCGAAACCCCGACGGCAGAGGCCUUGCUGGCCAUCAUCGACGCGGAUGACAUUAGCAUGCGCUCCCUCUCCGAACAGCUUGAUAAUCUACUCAAGCUGUCCUGGAAAAUCCAAGACAGAUUCAGCGGCCCAUCGGACGUAGUUGAGCGCGAACAUGCGGACGACAUCGCAAACUCUUUGCAAAGAAUUGGAGACGACGAGUCUAUAUUCCUGGCACCCCAGACAAACCUCCCGUGGGCUGCAUAUCCGGAGUUGAUGAUCAGCGUGAUCGACGUCACCUUGCCUGCAAAGCUAGCUGAUUUGGCACCCACAACCACCCAAACGUCUCGAAAGCUGGCGAAUCUGAACACCACCACUGCGUCUCUAGGGAGGUUGUACUCGCUCGCAAGCCAGCUCGAAGAUGCUGCACGUCUUUGUAAAAGGACCAAGACGACGGACAUCGAUGAUGAGGUUGUUGAGUUGAUGCAAGAGAUGCCCGAGGUCCGGCGAAUUAGGCAUGAUCGUGACGGCUCUAGCAGCAUUAAUAGUAACUCGGGAGACGUCGACAUCGACGAGGAGCGCCUCGGGUGGAUCUCCAAUGUACCCUACGAGAGUCAGCACGACGAUAUAACGGCCUUCAGGACCCCAGGCCUGCGACUGCAGGGCUCAGUUGGCACUAGCAAAACAUUCCUUGCAUCCAGGGUUGUGGAUCACAUGCGAAAUAAAGCUACAGGCUCUGUAGGCUCCGAAGGGGUUGUCUUCUUCUACUGCGGACACGCCAGCGCGUCCGACUGGCAGCUAGGAGUUCCCCAGCCAGUCAUUAGAAGUCUCGUCCAACAGCUGCUUAUCUCUUCACCCCGGCUAUCGGAGAAGAUUACGGGCCUAAUGAUCCAUAGCCAACAUUGCGGACGUAUCAAGAGUGGCUUGUGGAGGUCGUUCAGACAUACUCCAGAGUGA